AUGCACUCUGCCGGAUCUUUGCUUGCAAGUCGCGUGCGACAAUGGCAGAUAGCUCGCGUGUGUCUGAAGUCAUGUGCUCCUCAUCAGGGGUGGAGUGGAUCUGCGAAAGCACUUGCACACGGAAUAUUGCGGGCGGCAGCGAUUGAGCCACGACCGCCCGUGACCGGCGUCGACAGCUUUAAUGCAAUUGAUGCUGGGAAGGUCACGGAGGUCCGCCACAAGAACCAGCAGCUUCGAGCAAGUCUGAAGACCCUGCCUUGGCCCAAGCUACGGCGCUUCCAGGCGCACGGCCGUGUGUAUGAUUUGCCACUGCGAGCGUCCAGCGAGAGAUCCGCCGCGCCGAUCGUUGCCACGGAGUGCAGGCUGCGUUUUUUAGCCGGCUUCUUUGACGGUGAUGGCAGUGUGGGUUGUGCAUCUGGUUUGUCUGGAUGCUAUUUGCGUGUAGCGCAGUCCUUCGACCAGGCCGCCAUUCUCAUGCUCCUGCGUGACACCUUUGGUGGAAGCAUCCGGCUGCACAGGCAAGGCGUGGGACUUCAAAAGCCUGUUCUAGGGUGGUCGCUAUGUGGCCAGUCGGCCCGAAGGGCAGCUUUGCUCCUGGCACCACGCAGCAUCACCAAGCAGAAGCAGCUCGUGCUGGCCGCCCAGUGGCCCGACACGAAGUCCGAAAGAGAGAGCAGCAAAGCGGAGCUUCGUGAUCUGAAGAACUAUGAGUCGGCGGUCGCAGGGCCAUGCAGUUGGGAGUACUGUGCCGGCUUCUUCGAUGCAGAGGGCUACAUUAGACAGGCGCAUGCAGGUGCCUCCCUGACUCUGCAGAUUGAUCAAAAGCAUCCCCAAGUUUUGAUGUGCCUUCGCAAGUUGUUUUGCGAAACCUCAGGGGUAAGCACAACACUGACAGUAACAGAAGAUUGUAAUCGGCUUCGUGUUUAUGGUCUGCCCGGCUGCAAACGCAUACUACAGCAGAUGUUGCAUGCCGGACUGCUUUGCAAAGCGAAGCAGGCGGAGCUGGCUUUGAGCCUGACGCCGGGGAGCGCGGCACAAGUCAGCACUCAACUUGAACAUCUAACGGGCAACCAAGCAUUUGGGAAGAGACUGGAUCUUGCAGGCCAAGGAAGGGCAACAAGGAUCCGGUCACUGGCACAGCAAAUCAGAAGGAUGAUGAAGCGAGACAGGCUACCGGAGGCUGAAGUGAUGCUGAGAAACCUGGACGUGCUACGCCUUGAGCACGAUUUGUUAAAAGCACUGCACGAGAAUGAGGAGCUGGUCAGAUACGGGAGUUAUAUUCGACAUUUGCACAACACUGGCUGGGAAGGUCCAUAG